UAAGGAAAAAAGAACAGGGCAUCACUUGGCAUUAUCAUCACUCGUCAGUCGUCACUUCCAAAAAAAAUAAAAACCAUGAAACUCUUCCCUCUCCUCUCCCAUUCAACCCACUUUUUGCUGAUUUUUUCCCGAGUUCUGUGAACCAUCGGCUCUCAUUACUUGCUAAGUUGCUAGCGCCAUUCCGUUCUUUCUUUCCCUGAGAUAUACGUCCAUUCAGUGUAUGACAUAGAAAAGGAAAAACACAAAAACGGCGUCCUUCCCAAAUAAAGCAAGAGAUUGAUCGUGAUCGUUCUCUUCCGUACUAGCAUACGCGGGAUCCAAUUGGUACUUGUGGACUACGUAGAGGUGGGGCUCUCAGAUCUUCGAAGCUUGCAUACUACCGGAAAACACGCUGCAAAGACACAGAUUUAGUUUGAUGUUGAAGUGGAUGUAAGUAAUCAGUACGAUGGCAUCUUUACUGUUUAGAGGGUUACAAGUUCGUCCUUUGUGUAUUUACCCGUCUUCGUUGUUGACUAAAAAAGUGGGUGUUUUUUACUGCACAUCUAAUAGCCUACAUUCCCAAAGUGUAACAACACAAAAUCAGCUGAAGACGCAAUCAAAAGUUGUAAGUCGAAAUCAAGGCACAACACUUGACAAAUUGUUGAAAGACUAUGAAGCAGUCAUUGGUAUAGAAACCCAUGUACAACUUUCCACUAUUACUAAGGCCUUUUGUGGAUGUGCCUACAAUUAUGGUUCGGAACCAAACACCAAUAUUUGCCCUGUUUGCAUGGGUUUACCAGGUGCCUUGCCAGUUAUGAACUCCAAGGUUAUUGAGUGUGCUGUGAAACUUGGCCUUGCGCUUAAUUGCAAGCUAUCCUUAAACUCAAAGUUUGACAGGAAGCAGUAUUUUUACCCUGAUUUGCCUAAGGGCUACCAGAUCUCUCAGUUCGAUGUUCCUAUAGCGACUAGUGGGUAUGUUGACUUGGAUCUCCCACUCGAGUAUGGUGGUGGGCAUAGGAAAUUUGGGAUAACUCGAGUCCAUAUGGAAGAGGAUGCAGGGAAACUAAUCCAUACAGACGGUGGAAGUCAUUCUCAGGUCGAUUUAAAUAGGGCUGGUGUACCUUUACUUGAAAUUGUCUCUGAACCUGAUAUGAGAAGUGGCAUAGAAGCUGCAGAAUAUGGUGCAGAAAUUCAGAGAUUAGUUAGGUACUUGGGUGUGAGCAAUGGUAAUAUGCAAGAAGGUUCACUACGUUGUGAUGUUAAUAUAUCAGUCCGUCCAAGAGGGCAAGUUGAGUUUGGUACAAAGGUUGAAAUAAAAAAUUUGAACUCAUUUUCAGCAAUAAGUAGGGCCAUUGAUUAUGAGAUCACAAGACAAGUACAACUGCAUAACCAAGGCCUAGCUUACCAAAUUGUACAAGAGACUCGUCUUUGGGAGGAGGGUGCUCAGAAAACAGUAACUAUGAGAAAGAAGGAAGGGCUUGCUGAUUAUCGGUAUUUCCCAGAGCCAGACCUUUCAGAAGUGACUUUGACAAAGGAAUAUAUUGAGGACAUUCGUGAUUCUUUGCCAGAAAUUCCAGAGUUGAAGAGGCGGCGGUAUGAACAAAUGGGAUUAAGCAUGCAGGAUGUGAUUUUUCUUGCCAAUGAUGUAAAUGUUGCUGAAUUUUUUGACGCGACCCUAUCUAAAGGUGCUGACAUGAAGCUAGCUGCUAACUGGAUAAUGGGUGAUAUUGCAGCUUACAUGAAGAAUGAAAAAGUGUCCAUUAAUGAGAUAAAGCUUACUCCUGAUGAGUUGGCUGAAUUGAUUGAUUCUAUUAAAAAAGGGACUAUCAGUGGUAAAAUUGGUAAAGAGAUACUUUUUGAGCUAAUAGCUAAAGGAGGAACCGUCAAGGGCCUUAUCAAGGAAAAGAAUUUGGUCCAGAUAACAGAUCCUGCUGAGAUAGAGAAGAUGAUUGAUAGAGUGCUUGCAGAAAAUCCAAAGCAAGUUGAACAAUACCGUGGGGGCAAGACAAAGCUGCAAGGCUUCUUUGCUGGUCAGAUCAUGAAAGAAUCGAAAGGCAAGGCAAAUCCAGGUGUGUUGAACAAAAUACUCCUCGAGAAACUAAAUGCCAAGGACUGACCGUUGUAUACACAGGUACAAGUCAGACCUUUUUUUGUUGUUGUUGUCCUUCAACAAUUACAAUAACCACUGCACUUCGUGUCCUAGUGAUUUUGUUUGAAUAGCAGUUCGUUUUUCACUCUGCUAGUGCUAGGUGUAAUUCUUGCUAAAACUGAUACUGAAGAAAAUGCAUCAUAUGUGUGACUUCCAUGACAAGACUAAGGUUAUCAUGUAUCAGUGAUGUAUUGUUUUGACGCAUCACCGCUCUUCUGGCGUGAAUGAAGCCCCAGACUCCAGUACUUAAGUUACCGUUUGCCACCAUAUUUUUUUUCUUCUUUUUCUUUCGGUUUUCGGUAGCCAAUUUGAAACCUCACUGGUAUUUGUUGCAGUCUUCUUGUGGGCUCCCUGAAUAUUUGUCAUAUUCUUGGCUAAAUUUUUUGUUGAAACUUUUUUGUCGUCUUUUCAGGUUUUGCUUGCUUCUUGUAAAAUUGAUUUGUACAAGUAUAUACACCAUUAUUAUUAAGUCAUUUAUAAUAGGCCCUGUUUACUGGUCAAAUUAAAUGCUAUUUAACCAGUAAAGACUGCAGUGCUAGUACCUCA